AUGAAGCUUGCCACCGGUCUUGUGAGGCCAUGCACCACGUUGCAAGGCUCAAGCCAUUGUUCCACCACAUCUCACUGGCAAAAGUUCAGUGCCAAUUUGAGAAUUUCAAACUCGUGGAAUCCAAAGGGAAGUCAUAGUUCUGGGCACUCUCUAGCUUACAAAGCUUGGAAACUCCGGGAUAAAUGGACGGAGUUUCAAGGAAUUAAGAACUGGGAAGGACUACUCGAUCCUCUCGAUGAUAAUCUACGCAAUGAGAUUCUUCGAUACGGGGAAUUUGUCGAAGCAGCCUAUCGUUGUUUCGACUUUGACGCAUCCUCUCCAGGUUAUGCAACUUGCCUGUAUCCCAAAAACUCCAUGCUAGGUCAAUGCGGGUUUUGCAGUACUGGAUACAAAGUUACCAAAAGUCUUCAGGCCACAUGUGGAGUACAACUUCCACAAUACUGUACUGAGAGAUUACCGAAUUGGAUGUCCACUCGAUCGAGCUGGAUAGGCUACGUUGCAGUAUGUAAUGACAAGAACGAAUUAGCUCGGCUGGGCCGCCGAGACGUGGUGGUGGCAUAUCGUGGCACCGCCACAUCCAUGGAGUGGCUAGAAAAUCUCCGGGCAACAUUAUCUUGCCUCCCUUGUGAUAUGGCUCCUGAUAACAGUGAAUCGAUGGUACAAAGUGGAUUCUUGAGCUUGUACACAUCGAGUAUCGGUUCACGUCCAAGUUUAAAAGAAAUAAUCAGAGAUGAAAUCAGCAAAAUCCUACAAAAAUAUGCUGAUGAGCCUUUGAGUAUAACUGUUACUGGCCACAGUCUUGGAGCAGCUUUAGCUACAUUAACUGCUCAUGACAUUACUACAACUUUUAAGCAUGCACCUUUAGUGACUGUUGUUUCAUUUGGAGGCCCUCGAGUUGGUAACAGAAAUUUUCGACGCCAACUAGAAAAAAAUGGUACAAAAGUCCUAAGAAUUGUGAAUUCUGAUGAUCCCAUAACCAAAGUUCCAGGAUUCGUUUUCGAGGACAAUAAGGAAAUGCCUAAAAAUGGAGAUGUACAAAUGGCAGGUAAGUUCUCUAACUGGCUGCAAAAGAGGAUGGAAGACACCCAAUGGGUGUAUGCUGAGAUAGGCAAUGAGCUGAGGCUCAGUAGCAAAGGUUGCCCUCAAAUCAACAAUCGAAACAUCGCCACUUGUCACGAUCUCAAGACAUAUCUCCACUUGGUUGACAAUUUUGUGAGUUCAAAUUGUCCUCUAAGAGCCACAGCCAAGAGUGUUCUAUCCAAUUUGCAUGUAAGACACCCAAUGGGUGUUGAUAUCUAA